CGCCCCCGCUUGGCUCCUCGGUAGUUCAGUUCGUCUUCAUGGCUGCUUCUUGUGAAACUCUUCGCAUCAUUUUUGUCUUUCUGUUUUUACAACUUCGUUCAAAUUGAAUUAUUCAAAUGAAGAAACCGGUCCACGGCAGCGACAUGGCAGCCGCCGUGGCUUCCCGAACACCUCGGAAGGAUGAUAUCAACUAUAAGUUACAUUUCCGAAGGAUAAACGAGCAACAAGUGGACGACAUCUGCAUUGAGUUCUUCUAUAAGCCUCACACCAUCACACUGCUGACUGCCACCGUGCUCAGCCUCAUGUACUUUGCGUUUACAAGGGACGAUGAGCACUCUGACAACAACCUCCGUGUUGGCUUGUUGGUGGUUAUCUCCUUCUUCUUGGUCAUCAGUGUGCUGGCCUUUCCUAAUGGACCUUUCACCAGACCACACCCUGCAAUAUGGCGAAUGGUGUUUGGUCUCAGUGUUAUGUACUUCCUGUUUCUUGUCUUCCUCAUCUUCCUCAACUGGGACCAAGUAAAGGUACUGAUGUACUGGCUGGACCCAAAUCUGCGCUAUGCCACACGGGAAGCUGAUAUCAUGGAAUAUGCUGUAAACUGUACAGCUAUAUCAUGGGAGCGGAUCCUGAGUCACUUUGACAUCUUUGCAUUCGGACACUUUGCAGGCUGGGCCAUGAAGGCUCUGCUCAUCCGCAGCUACGGCCUCUGUUGGACCAUCAGCAUCACCUGGGAGCUCACUGAGCUGUUCUUCAUGCACCUGCUGCCAAACUUCGCAGAGUGCUGGUGGGAUCAGGUGAUCCUCGACAUACUGUUGUGUAAUGGAGGAGGCAUCUGGCUGGGUAUGACCGCCUGCCGGUUUUUGGAGAUGCGGACCUACCACUGGGCCAGCAUCAAGGAAAUCCACAGUACCACAGGGAAGAUAAAGCGAGCCGUGCUCCAGUUCACCCCGGCCAGCUGGAUUUAUGUGCGCUGGUUUGACCCAAAGUCCUCUUUCCAGAGGCUCGCAGGCAUCUAUCUCUUCAUGAUCCUUUGGCAGCUGACAGAGUUGAACACGUUCUUCCUCAAGCACAUCUUCGUAUUCCAGGCGUCUCACCCUCUCAGCUGGUGUCGCAUCCUCCUCGUUGGAGUUAUCACUGCACCGACUGUACGACAAUAUUAUGCGUACCUGACAGACACUCAGUGUAAACGAGUUGGCACACAAUGCUGGGUGUUUGGGGCCAUUGCAUUCCUCGAGGCUCUCGCUUGUGUGAAAUUCGGUCAUGACUUGUUUUCCAAGACACAGAUUCGUUAUGUACUCCUGUGGCUGCUCUGUCUGGCACUCAUCACACUUCUGUGUUUGUAUGGGAUGGUGUGGUACGAGCAAAAUAAAAUGAAGACCACUUCUGUGCAAAGCGAGGACUGUGAUGACAGCAGUGUUGUCCACUCAGGCGGUUUUGUCACAGAUGAUGUUGCAGCUCAGAGGAAUUCUUUACAACCUACAAAACGGAGGAAAGCUUCUGGGAGGAACAGAUUUGUGAAUGGACAUGGAGGAAAGAGACAAUAAACAACAGUGAUGCUGAGUAUGCACAUCUUCUAUCCAUCUGUGAAUAGCUGUUGUUAAGUUGCAUUCAGGGUUUAGUGAAUCUUAGAGGGCAGAAAGCAGACUCAUAAACAAAGUCACAUCAACAAGCCUUGACAUACUUUAACUUACCAAGUUUUAACGGCUGCGGGACUCAGAGACAAAACACAACAAUGAGCUGAAAACAUAACUGACCUGCAGACUGGGGUGUUGAUUCUCAGUUGAAUCGGCAGUGCUGACAAGGAUAAAAAUUAGUUUUCUAUUUAAUGUCAAAGAUUUUUUUAAACAGACCUAAAUAACCAAGGAUUAUGCACUGGAUUAUGAAAGAGAAGAUGGCCUUAUUUGCACUGUAAAAAGUAGCCUCAGUGCCACCCUACACCCAGCAUUUUCUACCUUGAACUACUAAAUGUUGUUUGGAUUCUUUGCACUGUGGGACAUGUUGAGUGUGUCCAGUCAGGGAUGUGCCAGCUUUUACAGUGUGGUAGAAACCAGUCCACAACAACACUUUGAGUAUUUAUACUGUACAUAUAUGCUACAGGCACUUUGUUUUUGUACUUAACGUUUGUUUUUGAAUACUACUGUGUGCUAAAUUUAAUACGUUUGCUACAAAACUAAAGAUCACAGUUUUUGUUUUUAAGUCACUUGAAUUGGUGUUUGUUUGAUAUAAAAUAUUUGUGUUUGUAUAAUAAUUGCCAAAAGUGACCACAUUUUGCACUUUGCUAGACUACAGUAAAGUACUGACAUAUACAGUGAUGAAUGCUUAAGUUCAAUCGAACUUCAUCAUUAGGAAAGAUGGAUGAGAGGAGCAACCACGUGUUACUUACCCACCUGUAGCCUUUACGUGUUAUUUUUUCUUACCCCUUUUUAGCUUUCAUAAAUGUCAUUGUUUGAACUGUUGCAGAUGUAUAUAGUUUUUGCAGUUGUGUGUGUGUUUGAUAUACUGACAGAGAAUACUGUGACAUUCAAUGCAAUAGCACUGUGGUGACAUUCAAAAGCAGAGGAUAAUCACCUGUGUGAAAUUAUCCUUUUAAAAGUUUUCUUAUGAUCAAAAUGAAUGAAAUGUGAUGUUAAUACAACACAGUGACUGGUUGUAGUUUCAUAUUUACUGUUGGUGUUUUACAACCUCUCAUUAGCUUGACCAGUGUUAGCAAGUUAAUGUCUAAUUAUUGAAUUUGUAUUUAUGUUAUGUGAAUGUAACUUUUUUUAACACUAGUCUGCCCCCGUGGCUCCUUUCUUUCGAUCAUCUACUAUGCUUUAAAUGUUCACACUGUAUUUAAUGUAGAACGUUUUUAAAAUUGUUAAUUGUAGCCCCCAUACAUGACUUUGUAUUAUUGGUUCAUGACUUUUAUAUUUGUGGCUUUGCUUGUUUUUGUACACAUAAUUAAAAGAUUACACAUUCUCAA